UUUAGUUAAUUUGCACAAGCAUUAAUGCAUGCACGUGAUAUCGGUGUUAAAUGCCUUCACUUUCUAUUGUAGGUGAUGCCGUGACGCGUCGGAUCGCCGUGAACGCUCCGGAUCGCGGAACGUCACGUGUCUCGGGUGGACACCGGAGGAGCGCAAAGUUCCCGACGUUCCAGAUGGGAAGAUCAGGAAUGCUUUCAGAAUCAGAGGGACUGAAGGACAUCACCUGAGACCGAUGAUAUUUACACACGCGCACGCUUCACGGCAGACGCACGCGGCGCUGCAGGAUGCAUGCAUGCGGGAAUUUUACGUUUCCAGUGUUGUUGCAAUGCGGCGGGGAGGAAUCUGAUGAGAGCAGGGAUCUGGGACAGUGAAGGCUGGGAUUCUGCGCUGCUGUAUCUGGAUCCAGACCUCUGAUCGCGCUCUCUCCGGUUGCGCAUUACGAUCCGUCCAUCAGUGCUCGCUAAAGCCCCGACAUGACCAGCGCGGAUCAGGAGCAGCAUCAGGACCGCACCAUGACGACGGUCUCCAAGAAAUCCAUCAUCGCCAAGAUGUUCAAAGUGCGCAAGAGGAGGGAGAUGCUGCUGGCGCAGGUGUGUUUGGUCUGCAGUGUUCUGUUCGUGGCGUGGGGCAUGUCGACCAUCCUGACCAGGACAGGUCAUGGCAUGAUUGUGGAGGAGUCGCAUAUGGAAUCACAUGACCACUGGGGGCGACGGCUGAUGUCAUCUACACAUGAUAAUGCGACGGAGGAGAAAAACUGCACGGAGCCAGCCAUCCGUGAAUUUCCAGAUGAUGUUUUCACCAAUGCCGAACGGAAGAGCGGAGCUGUACUGCUACAUAUUAUAGCGGCUCUUUACAUGUUCUUGGCCCUGGCGAUCGUGUGCGAUGACUACUUUGUGAUGUCUCUUGAGAAAAUCUGUGAGAAGCUGAAUCUGAGCGAGGAUGUGGCUGGUGCCACGUUCAUGGCGGCGGGGAGCUCAGCGCCCGAGCUCUUCGCAUCUGUUAUAGGUGUCUUCAUCACUCACGGUGAUGUUGGAGUUGGAACUAUCGUCGGUUCUGCCGUCUUCAAUAUCCUCUGCAUCAUAGGAGUUUGUGGGAUCUUUGCCGGGCAGGUGGUCUUACUGACCUGGUGGGCUGUUUUCCGUGAUUCUUUCUUCUACAUAUUGUCUGUAGUUGCUCUAAUUGUGUUCAUCUAUGAUGGAAAGAUUGUGUGGUGGGAGAGUCUGGUGCUGGUGCUCAUGUACACUGUAUAUAUCAUCAUCAUGAAAUUUAAUACCAGCUUGCAGAAGUUUUUCACAAGACGGAGCGACAAGAAUGUUGCCAAUGGAAACGCGGCGGCCGGCAGUGAACUGGAGGACGGUAAAGACCGUUUAGACUGUAAAUGGGAUGAUCCGUCUCUACCUCUGCUGGGUCCAGUCAAGUCCAGUAAGGUGUACAGUCGAGGUUCAGUGGUAAUGGUUGAUGAAAUCAUCAACGCCAGCCCUCCCAAUUACCGUUUCCCUGAAGCGGGUCUCCGUGUCAUGGUCACGAACCACUUUGGACCCAAGACUCGUCUGCGCAUGGCCAGCCGCCUCAUUAUAACUGAGCGUCAGAGGUUGGUCCAGUCAGCCAAUGGGGUGGAGACGGCCGUGGUGGACGGGAAGCCAGACAUUGAGAAUGGAAACUUACCAGAAGACAAAACCAAUGAGGAGAAAGAGAGUGAACUCACCUCACCAUUCAGAGUACCAGGCGGCUGUGUGAACAGGACUAAAUGGCUGAUCUCUUGGCCGUUAUUGUUGAUCCUCUUCUUCACCAUCCCAAACUGUGCCAAGUCUCGCUGGGAGAAGUUCUUCAUGCUCUCAUUCAUCCUCUCCACCGUCUGGAUUGCUGUCUUCUCCUACUUUAUGGUGUGGAUGGUGACGGUCAUCGGAUACACACUCGGCAUUCCUGAUGUCAUCAUGGGCAUCACGUUCCUCGCCGCGGGCACAAGCGUCCCGGACUGUAUCGCCAGUCUGAUCGUGGCUCGUCAAGGUCUGGGAGACAUGGCCGUGUCCAACACCAUCGGCAGCAACGUGUUUGACAUUCUGGUGGGGCUCGGCGUUCCCUGGGCGCUGCAGACCAUGGCAGUCAAUUAUGGAUCAGUUGUGAUGAUAAACAGUCGGGGGCUCGUGUACUCAGUGGUGCUUCUGCUGGGAUCUGUCGCUCUCACUAUUCUUGGGAUCCACCUGAACGGGUGGAAGUUGGACUUUAAGCUGGGUGUUUAUGUGCUGGUUCUGUACGCCAUCUUCCUCUGUUUCUCCAUCAUGAUCGAAUACAACGUCUUCACCUUCGUCAAUAUACCCAUGUGUCGGGAAGACUAGAACCUCAUCAACUGCUCCAUAUCCCAGAAUGCACCAUCCUGAUGUCAUGAUCAUCCCGAAUUUCUCUGUUCUUGCACUCCAGAACCACCAUCACCUCAGAUCGGACGAAUGUUAGUCUUCAUCAGGACUAACGCUUGAUUUCACUGUGGACCGAGAAGAUCUUCCAGUCAAGCUCAUUUUCCUGACCUCUAACCCCAGAUUUCCACCCAGAAAGAGGAACUUCUCCUUGGCAGCUCUUCUCUUACAGUUGAGAUCUUUGAUAUCCCAAAAUGCAUUGCGUGCCCGCCAAAUAUGGAUUGCAUCAGGAGCGUAUGGACGUUUUCUACACGCCUGUGUUUCUUUUUCUUUGUCACUUUAUUGAAAAAUGUAAGCAUGUCUCAAAUGUCCUCCGAGUCAAAUCUCUUCAUUGCUCAUAGAACUGUGAAUUAUUUUGCAACGUAUUACUUUUUUUAGCCUUAAAGGCAGCAAAAUUUUUAGAAAUGCAAGAGAAAUGACAGUAUUGCACAUUAUGUAUCAUCACUGUAUCAUACAGGGUUUGUUUUUAGCGUGUCCUAAUCAGGUACGAUCGUCCUAAGAAAGACAAAUUAUCAUGCUGGGUGGCUCCGCCCACAGUGAAAUCUCAUUGGUCCAAAAUAUCUGCAUAUUAAUCAUCAACAAUGCUGCAGCUGACUGUGAUUGAGGCGCAGCAUUGACACUUUCAUUUAUAAUUGGAAAUGUGUCGUGACUUGUACCUGAUCAGGACAUCAUUUUCUUUUCUUAUCAGUAUUUGUGGUCUUGUAGAAAUAUCUAAACAUCCUUAAAACAAGAUACAUUUUCAUUUUGUGUUAAAGGGUUAGUUAUAUAUAUAUAUUUACGAACUUUUAUGUUAGAUGCGAUUAAUCACGAUUAAUCGAUUUGACAGCACUAAUUUUAAGAAACCCACACAUAAAUACUGAUAAUGAAUGAUUUUGUUUUGCAGAGCAUUUGUGGAAUUUGUGUUUUUUUUUUUUUAUUCACAAAAUGUUCUUGUUUCAUGAUGUUAGGAGGUUUUGAUGUAGCCUCUUUGAGGGCUCUGUGAAUAUAAACUUGCCUAUGAAGAGAUUUAAUAAUCAUAUUCAUUUAUAAGUGAGCAUCUACCAUGUGGUUUCUGGUGGUUUAGAGCCGGUCUUGACCUCAGCGGGAUGUUCAUGAGAUUCAGUCCACUAACGCUGUGUCUACACUGUUGCUUUCAGACGCGGUGUUAGAGGGAGUUCAAUCAUUGUGAAAUGGAGAAAUUAGCACUUUAAAGCAAGCGAGCGUUUCGGUCGGUCACAAUGUCAAAUGUUUAUGUGUGUAUUUGUGUGUAUCAGGGGAAACAUCUUCAUGACAGUCUUUCACCUGACCAAUCUGUGCACUGUGAAAUGGUGUUCUUUUGUAGUAUUUUUGUCUUGUUUUCCAGUACAAAUAUCUAAACGAUCUUAACCCUUGUGCGGUCUUCGUUUGGGAAGUACCCUCAGGGUCUUCGGGGUCUCCAAAGACCC